AUGGAGGAAAAAGUAGAGAGUGAAAACAGUUACAGUAGUGAGAGUAGCAGUAGCUCAUCAGAUAGUUCUAGCGGAAGUUCCGAAUGUGAUGAGGAAGUCACUGAACCUGUACGUAUUCUGGGACAUACCUUGGAUCUCCCUCAAGAGCUUUGUGAAGACUAUUCAAUUUUUAAAGAGUUCUUCUCUAUGAAAACUUGGGAUAGUUUAGAAGAUAAACAUAAGGAAUAUCUAAAGGAAUUCCUUCCAACGUUCCCUGAAAAUGAUGAAGAGGAGAAGGAAAAAACAAUAAAAACGCUUUUUAACUUUGAACCAUUUCAUUUCAAAUCCCCAUUAGAUAUUUUUUUUAGUAAUUUGAGACAAGGUAACUACAGACCAGAUAUUGCUAGAAUGAGGAAGUUUUUGAGGAAAGCAAGAGCCAAACAACAAAAACAUAAGAUAAAAUCAUAUUAUGCCAAAAUGCUACCUGAAGUAUUGAUAUCUCGUGAAAGGUUGCUAGCUGCUGCAAAAGCUGCACCUCCUGGACCUGUUCCAUUUUUACCUAGCAUGCCUCCAAAACCAUCGUCUAGAAAUAACUACAAACCAAUAUAUGUAAGAGCAAGACAAAGAUAUUUUGAGGAGUUGGCAGCUAUUUGGAGUGAAGUUGGAGGAGAGGAAUCUGAAGAUGAGAACUAUCCUGAAGGUCCCCAAGAGAAUACGUUUAAAAAACGAAAGACGAUGCAUCCUGGACAGAGUGGAGAUACUAAUGUUUCUGGUACACUUGGAAUGAGUGAUUCCCACCCAGCUUCAUUGGAUUGUUUAAAAAAUGUCCUGGCAACCCACAGAGCAAGAAGGCAAUAUCGGGAGAAUCACCCCGAGCUCAAUACUACAGGUAUAACAUUGGAAGAUAUCAAGCAAAGGGUGGCUUUAAUGAAUGGCACCAAAAAACUCAUGUUCGGUGGUCAAAAAACUGAUUCACCAAUUCAAAAAUUGAGAAAAGGCACGAAGAAAGAGACAUAUCAGAAACAGAAAAAUCAGGAUGUUAAGAGUGCUCUGAAAAAGUUGAAAGAGGAACAAGAAAGUGUUGAAAAUAAGCCUCUUCUUCCUAAUAUAAAAAUUAAAUGUGAACCAGAGGAAUCAGAUUCGGAGAGUUCAUCCUUUUUGGAUCCUGUUUCAAGUCCAAGGCAAUCUAAGAAGUUAUUGGAUCAUGUCGAUAUAAAACAAGAAGUUUCAGAAAUGAGGUAUACAAAUGAAUUUUAAAGAACAAUAAAACAGGAACCUCAAGAUUCUCUUAUUGCUCUACAAAAUGCUUCUAAAAUAAAUCAACCAGUGCCUAUAAAGUUAGAAGAUUUAGAUGGAAUAGAUAUGAUGGCUCUCCCAGUGGAAAUAGUCGAUGAUUCAGGAGAAGUGUUACCAGAUACAUCAAAUGAGAUAGAAGAGAAUCUCUUAGAAGCAGAUGAAUUAACAGAAACGACACAUGCAAAUUUCCUGUCCCUGGUCCGAGCUUUGUUUCCUGCUCGAGCUGCUCACCGAGCUUCCAAACAACAAUUGCAUGCAAGAUGUGCUGCCGUUAUGAGGUCUCCCAUUGCACCACUCAAUACCUGGUACAACUUAUCAGAUGAUUGGUGUGCGGAGUUGAAUUCUGCAUUGGAUUUUCUUGCUGGCGAAAGAGGACCGCAUCCAGAUGAUUUUGUUCCGUACUUGCAAUAUAUGCCAGAUACACAGAUGUACCAGUGGAUCGGCGCAGGAAGAGACUGCGACGCCAUACUGGGUCGGCUGUGCGAGCGAUGGCUUCGAGCGGCCUCUCCGGCGCCGCCCAGUACGGAGCCCCCGCCACCUCGAUAUCCAACUACAUGGGUGGUGCGUCAGCCGACUACAGCAGAGAUAGCUGAGUUUAGGUCGCAGGAACGACGCCGCUACGCUUCAGCUUCUAAGCCAUUCACUUAUGUGCAGUAUGGGUACCGCGCGGCGGUGGGCCCGACGGCGGGCGCGCGCGGCGCGGCGGGCGGCGCGGGCGGCGCGCUGCUGGCGCCGCAGCGGCCGCGCGCCGCCGCCUUCCUGGCGCUGCUGCGCGACGCGCUGGCGCGCCUGCCCAACGGGGAGGGCUCGCGCCGCGACAUCGUCACGCUGCUCAGGAUGUCACAGUGGAUAGUACCAUGUAGUGAGCAAGCGCUGUCUAAUGCAGUGGCUAGUGCGUUAGAGCGCCUGUUGACUGUAAAGCGAGAUCCCAUCGUUAAGUAUGACCAAAGGACAGCUAUAUGGACGUAUUUACAUAGACACAAGAGUGAAGAAGAUUAUGCUAAGAGUAAUGCUCGUGGACGAAAUAAGACAAAUGCUGCUCUGUCUGCUAUCUCUCCACAAAUGCAGAUGGACUUAGAUGUCAGUACAGCAGAGGAAACGGUAGAAAAUGCUUCAGAUAGUGACGUAGACGUUGACGAUACUGGAGCGCCGUCUUCCAUACCUCACCUAUCUUCAGCUCAACUGCUGAUGCAGGCGACACAAGCUACUAACGUUAAGCAAGCUCCUGUGACCAAGCCGAAAGGAAAGUUAGUACCCACACCACAGAAAUCUAAGCCAGCGACUCCUAAAAAUCUUCCCCAACCUAAACUACCCUCUUUGAUCCAAACGAAACCUCAGCCUAAAGUUAAUCAAACGAACACGUUGCCAAAAUCAUUGUCGAAGACGAUAGUUCAAACGAAUCCGAAGCAAACGAGCUUAUUGACUUCGAAACCGAUGCCAGCGAAGCAAAAUGUAACGAAACAGAAUGUGAUCCAGUCGAAAAUAGUCAAGCAGGGCGUUCAGUCUCCGAAACAAACGCAGAAUAAACAGAGUAUCGUAGUGCAAGCGAUGAAGCAUAAUGUUCCUCCAUUAACGAAGCAGAACAGCGAUUCGAUACUGACGCAAAUGACGUCGAUGCCGUCGAUAGUGGUCACCCCGCAGCGGUCUCCGUUGAUGAAGCAGAAAUCACUGAAAGUUGAAACUUCACAACCCUCUGUGACAAUGAAUAUAUCCGUUCAACAACCACCAUCUGUAACAACUAUGAUACCAAACAUAACAGCAUCUAUUCAUCAAAAUUCUAUUAAUCAAUCGGCAAAGCUGACCCAAGUGACACGAUCUCUUCUAAUAAGGCCCCCGACAGUCCAUACCGUGUCAACCUCGAAUUUUACCGUUUGCACGCCAACUUCACAGGUAACGUCAAGUCCAAGACGAGGCGUCGUCAGAGUUCUCAGUCCUGCUACACCGUCAUCUGGAAAAUCUUUAAUAUCACCGAGAGCACUUAUGCAGCAAAGUACGCCAACAGCUAAGAAACGAGUGUCAAUACCAGGAACAACUUCUGUAACUACAAUAGCACAGAGUACGGCAAGCACAAACGUAGUUUCGAGCGUUCCUACGGCGGUGUCGUCGGGAACGCGUACUGUGCAACUGCCGGGUGGCCAAACUGUACAACUGGCCGGGCACACACUGCUAACCUCAUUGUUACCGGCCCACAGCGUUCGCCUACCCAGUGGCCAAACUGUCCAGCUAGCGACCCCUCAGACCGUGCAUUCCGUCCGGGCCCAACCAAAGAACCCCAGCCCCCGAACCCAGACCGCCCCACCCACCAUGAAUACCAUAAAGCCCAUCAAUCAUUCCAUACCGGUCUCAACUGUUCAGCUAGCCGGUCAAACUGUUCAGAUCGGCGGCCAGACGGUUCAACUAGCGGGCCAGAGUGUGCAUUUAACGGGUCAUACGGUGAAGCUACCCAGUGGACAAAGUGUUCAAGUCGCCAGUCAAAGUGUUCUACCGUCUCAGAGUGUUCAGUUACCGAGUGGUCAGACCGUUCAGUUAGCAAGUGGUAAUUUGCAAACCGUUCAGCUAGGUCAAAAUGUUCAGUUAGGUCAAAAUGUUCAGUUAAGCGGUCAAACAGUGCAAAUGCCGAGCGGACAGAGUGUGCAACUCGGUUCACAGACGGUUCAAAUCGGUGGUCAGACUGUGCAAUUAGCGGGUCAAACUGUUCAGUUAUCGAGUGGGCAGACUUUACAGUUAUCGAGUGGUCAAACUCUUCAGUUAGCGAGUGGUCAAACAUUACAAUUGGCUAAUCAACAGACGCCAAAAUCAAUAGCCCAAGUAGUUAGAACUCAAUCUACUGACAAAUCUUCACAACCUAUAGUCGCGAAGUUGUUAACAAAUGCACAGACGCAGAUGAUCUCGCUGGAGGCGGGGCGCGCGCGCGGCGUGCGCGUGCUGGCGCCGGCGCGGCCGCUGCUGCUGGCGGCCAAGCCGCUCUCCAACCUCUUCCUGCAGCAAAGUGAUGGAAGUGCAAUAAGAAUGACUUCAGCCGGUGGUACGUCCACAUCACAAACAAUAGUUUUAAGUAAUAUUGGAGGGCAGACAGCAACGACUUCCUCGACUACAACUCCAGUAUUGAAGUUACAACAGGUGAAUCCGUUACACCAGGUUAAACUUCCGCAGGGAAUUAAAAUUCAACAGGCUGCAACGAGUACGUCAACAGCGACAUCUAGCGGAGUUCGAAGCGUAUUAAUGGACGGGCAACAGUUAAAACUUGUAGGCGGUCGACACGUACUAGCCAGACUGUUAAAACCUACCCAACCACCGCCUUAAAACAUUUCUUUA